UUCAAUUAAAUCUUUUGUUUAUUAUUUUUGCCUUUUUUUUUCUUGCUUUUACUUACCCCAAAACUUAUGGGGUAAGUGCUAUUAAUCUUCCUAACUUUAGAAUGAUGUGAAACAAUGAAAGCUCAAUGUUAUGUUCAAUAUUUUUGAGAAACCUGUUUGAAAAACUACAUAGAUUUAUUGAUACGAGUACAGCAUAUCCGAUACCAGUCUAGGUUGGAUAUAGUAGGUAUAAAAUGAUAAUUCUUAAACCUUUCAGAGAAACCUGAGAAACCAGGUUUGCAACAGCAAGCUGAGAAACUUGUGUCAGAUGCGGCGAGUGUCGCUAAAGAAUUCGCAGAAAACCAAAUGUCUAAUCUAGGCACAGCUUCUCAAAAAAUCCAGGAAGAGCUACCUAAACUAGGGCACGCUGUUAUGAAGGGCGUUGAAUCAUUUCUAGAUGCUUUCAAAGCGAAAAUCGUCGACGGGUCAAAAGAACUCGAAGAAAAAGCAAGAAGUCUAUUCAGAGGCGCAGAGGAUGAGAAUGAUAUAUCUCUAGAGAAGUUCAAAGAAGUAAUCGAGAAGUUCGCAGUAGAACAGAAGAGAAACUUCGAAGAAGUAGCUCAGCAGUUGGAGAAGGAGGGACCGACUGUUGUGAAAGCGGUUAUAGCUGGGGUCAGUGCCUUCAAAGAUGUUAUGAAAGGGAAAUAGAUUGAAAUACAUUGAAUUCUUUGAGUA